AUGGCGAAGAAUGAUGCUGUGAUUCAUAGCCAAGCGGUAUCCUUAAGGAACAUAGAAAUUCAAAUGGGGCAACUAGCUAAUGAGCUAAGGAAUAGACCACAAGGCAUCUUGCCUAGUGAUACUGAAAAUCCAAGGAGAGACGGUAAAGAGCAAUGCAAGGCGUUCACUUUGAGGUAUGGUAAAAAUCUGGAAUUGACCGAGGAGAAUUGUAAGAGAAACAGCGAGCCCACUUCAAUCCAAAGUAGUGUGGACAAGGGAGACAAAACUGUGAAUUCGAAAAAUUCAAAUGUUGAUCCUGAACCAAUUGUUGUAGCAAUUCCUCAUCAAAAUGCAACAGAGAAGCCAAUGAGCAAGCCACUUCCACCAUUUCCUCAACGUUUUCAAAAGAAGCAACAAGAUGGUCAAUUCCGAAGAUUUUUGGAUGCUUUGAAGCAACUCCACAUCAACAUACCAUUGGUCGACGCUUUGGAAAAAAUGCCUAAUUAUGUGAAGUUCUUGAAGGAUAUUUUGACAAAGAAGAGGAGGCUUGGUGAAUUUGAAACAGUUGCUUUGACUGAAGGUUGUAGUGUUAUAUUGAAGAAUAAAAUUCCUCCAAAGUUGAAGGAUCCGGGCAGUUUCACAAUUCCAAUUUCUAUUGGGGGACGAGAUUUGGGAAUUGGAGAAGCAAGGCCAACUACACUCACCUUGCAAUUGGCUGACCGUUCUAUGGUGCAUCCGGAGGGAAAGAUUGAAGACGUCCUAGUACAAGUUGACAAGUUCAUUUUUCCGGCAGAUUUCAUUAUUCUUGACUAUGAGGAAGACAGGGAUGUACCGAUCAUUUUGGGGAGACCAUUUCUUGCCACUGGGAGGACAAUUAUAGAUGUUAAAAAAGGAGAGCUCACCAUUUGA